AUGGAACAAGGGAACCUCACAUGGGCAUCAGAUUUUGUCUUCCUGGGGCUCUCGCAGACUCGGGAGGUCCAGCAUUUCCUGUUUUUAAUGUUCCUGUUUGUCUACAUCACCACUGUUAUGGGAAACAUCCUUAUCAUCAUCACAGUGACCUCUGAUUCCCAGCUCCACACACCCAUGUACUUUCUGCUCCGAAACCUGGCUGUCCUAGACCUCUGUUUCUCUUCAGUCACUGCGCCCAAAAUGCUAGUGGACCUCCUCUCUGAGAAGAAAACCAUCUCCUACCAGGGCUGCAUGGGCCAGAUCUUCUUCUUCCACUUUUUGGGAGGUGCCAUGGUCUUCUUCCUCUCAGUGCUGGCCUUUGACCGCCUCAUUGCCAUCUCCCGGCCUCUCCACUAUGUCACCAUCAUGAACAGUCAGCUCUGUGUGGGGCUGGUGGUGGCCACCUGGGUGGGAGGCUUUGUCCACUCCAUUGUCCAGCUGGCUCUGAUGCUCCCACUGCCCUUAUGUGGCCCCAACAUUUUGGAUAACUUCUACUGUGAUGUUCCCCAAGUACUGAAACUUGCCUGCACUGACACUUCCCUCCUGGAGUUCCUCAUGAUCUCCAACAGUGGGCUGCUGGAUGUCAUCUUGUUCUUCCUCCUCCUGACCUCCUACUUGUUCAUCCUGGUGAUGCUGAGGUCACAUCCAGGGGAGGCAAGAAGGAAGGCAGCUUCCACCUGCACCACCCACAUCAUUGUGGUGUCCAUGAUCUUUGUUCCAAGCAUUUACCUCUACGCCCGGCCCUUCACCCCAUUCCCUAUGGACAAAGUUGUGUCCAUCGGCCACACAGUCAUGACCCCCAUGCUCAAUCCCAUGAUCUAUACCCUGAGGAACCAGGACAUGCAGGCAGCAGUGAGAAGAUUAGGGAGACACUGGCUGGUUUCACAGUGA